AUGCAGGCUGUGAAGGUCGGCUAUUUUUCUUGGAUUGUGGCCAGAGCUCUGUGCUCCGGCAGGAUUCACCGUCCUCAGCUUGUCCAGAUAUCUUCGUCACUCUGUGCUGUCCCCACUUCAGUCACCCAGACUCGGUUUUGUCACAAAACAGCGUCGACGCCAGAUGACAGCACCGCGGUUAUCCGUGUUCCUCUGCACAUGCAGAAGCGCGUGGAAACCCUGAAGCAGACACGAGGUAAAAACCAGAUCAACACCAUCCGAGCUGGGAAGCUCCUGAUCCAGAGCAGGAAUCCUGAUCUGAACCAGUCUGCGGGAUACAUACCCGGGAAGUUCGAGCAGCCCCGUCUCUGCUCGAAAGGAUGGAAACAUCACAAAUCAUUCGGUGACUACUUCACCAUCAACAACACCAAGUCUGUUGCACCAUGUGUCACUGCGAACCACGAAGAGGAGGCAGAGCAGAAAGCGGUGACCUUCAAUAAGCUCCAUAUCUGCAAGGAGCUGGUACAAGCUUUGGACAGUGUUGACAUCAAGCAUCCUACCACUGUGCAAUUGCAGACUAUUCCAAAGAUCAUGAAAGGUCACAAUAUACUUUGUGCUGCAGAGACGGGCAGUGGAAAGACUCUGAGUUACCUCCUGCCAAUUGUUCACAGACUGCAGGGCGAUAAGGAAUCACAGAUGUACUCAAGUAGCUCACACAAAAUUCACGCUUUGGUUCUUGUGCCUUCCAGAGAGCUUGCUGAGCAAGUGACCUCAGUGUGUCGGACACUGUGUGCACCGUUUGGGAUGCAGGUAAAGAACGUGGGUGGUGGGCGAGGUGUAGGACACAUCAAGAUGCUGUUCAAGAGGAAUAACCCAGAUAUUUUAGUGGCUACACCAGGUGCUCUGGUCAAGGCCCUGCAUAGACGCUGUCUGGACUUGAGUGAGCUAAGCUUCUUUGUCGUAGAUGAGGCUGACACUAUGUUUGAUCCCAGCUUUUCUGGCAUGCUGGAAAGCAUCCUGAGCCACACAAACAUCGCCCACAAUCCCAGUCAAACCCGGGGACCUGGCCACAGAGCCCAGCUGCUGGUGGUGGGCGCCACCUUUCCUGGUGGUGUUGGGGAAGUGCUCAGCAAGGUGACAGAUCAUAGCAGCAUCGUUGUCAUUAAGAGUAAGAUGCUGCACUUUCUCAUGCCACAUGUCAAACAGACCUUCCUGAAAGUGAAAGGUGCUGACAAAAUCCUGGAGCUCCACCAAGCCAUGAAAAUGCUCCAACAAGAAAAAGGGGGAGGUGCUGUUCUGGUGUUCUGCAACAAGUCUGCCACAGUCAACUGGUUGGGGUAUGGGCUGGACGAGAUGGGGGUUCGGAAUGCACGUCUUCAAGGAGAGAUGCCUGCUCCUGUACGUGCUGGAAUCUUCCACUCCUUCCAAAAGGGUGUGGUGGAUGUGCUGAUAUGCACAGACAUUGCCUCCAGAGGCUUGGACACAUCCGGUGUACGUUUGGUUGUUAACUAUGACUUUCCAGAAUCACACACUGACUACAUCCACAGGGCAGGGAGAGUCGGGAGAGCGGGUGGGAUGGAGAAUGGGGAGGUGCUUAGCUUUGUCACACACCCCUGGGAUGUGGAGCAGGUGCAGAAGUUAGAAACCGCUGCACGUCGGCGAGCUAUUUUACCAGGGAUGGAAUCUAAUAUACGUGAGCCAAAACCCAAAGUAGCAGAGACAGACACGGGAGUAGAAAGAUUGAACUGAAGUCAAUUAAAGACUCUAAUUUGCUCUAAUUUAAUAAAUGUGUGUACAUUUUGGUAUUGAAAUGCUUCAAAUUCAAAAGUAAAAGCUUAAUGAAUAUUUUUUGUCACUUUUAUUUACUUUUGUUUAUUUGUUUUACUUACCCCAGCCAUUGAAUUUUGAGGCUCAGAGAAUAUUUUACAUGUAACAGCCAUUUUCUUCAUAGAAAAAUGUGAUCUUGGUUAUAUAUAAUGUAGGUGUUGAUAUGAGUUGAAAUAAAUUGUUCAUGAAAUUA